AUGUUGAAGUUUGAGUUAAUGACCGAUAAAGAUCGUCGCGAGGCGGCAGCACUCGAAAAACGAAAAGCUUUCGAAGAAGAAAGAAAAAAACGGAUAUUCAACCCGAAAUUUAGAACCAUGGGGAUCGAUAAAGAAGCACUCGAUAAGCAAUUAGAGGAGAAGAAGAAGCAAAAAGAGGAAGAAAAAAAAUUGGAACUUGCCUUUGCGAAUCAGAUGAAAAAGUACGACGAAAUUGCGCUUGCGAUGGAGAAAAAAGAAAAGCAGGAACGACAUAGAGUUCAAGAAGAAAUUCUUGAGUUUCGCAAAAACUUCCAAAAGUUUGAAGAUCGACGGGAAUAUGAUCUCAAUGAUCCGCAUUUUUUACGAAACACUCUGCCUGCUAGAAUCCACGACAGUGAUCCAAGACUAGGAGCGUCGUCAGUACAAAAAUUCGAAGGUGAAGAUGUUACUGGUGCCGAAAGAAAUAAAAUAAUGAAAGAGCAGCUUCAAACCUGGUUAAGGCAACAAAUGCUGGAACGAGAAACUGCGGAAAACGAAAGAAAAGUUGCGGAAAAGGCGUAUUUGGAGGCAUUAGCAGCAAGGGACAAAAGAGCCGUUCAACUGGACUGUUUAGAGAAGGACUGCCGGAGAAAACUUCAAAUAGCUACGGCCAGGUUUAAUAAAGCACUGUCAGAUGAAAAAGAAUGCCGUGACCGAGAGAAAAAGCGUCAAGAGUUGGAAGAUAAUUUGGCCGAAAUUUACAACACAAUGACUAGUGAUAUGAUGUCGGAAAGCAGAGAUUCCGCAGAAAGCAAUUUGGGAGCAGGACGAAAAGUCGGUUUUAUGUAUAGAGGAGAAAAACAUGAGAUUGCUAGACAAAUAAAAGCUGAACAAAUGGCUCAAAUAGAAGAAAGUAAGAAACGUAAAGAAGAAAAGAAGAAAUUCGAUGAAGAAUGGGAUAGAUAUACUAUUGAAAUGCAACGAAAAGUAGCACUUUUGGACAGAGAGGAGAAAAAGAAACUUAGAGAACAAAAGAAGCAAAUAGCCGAAGAAAAUAAAGAGAUGAGUAUCGAACAUAAAAAUCAUAUAGAUUUUCUUGAAAAAAUUGUAUACACAAACAAACCUACGGCUGCUUUCUACGAACAAUUUAAUUCAGGAACGAGAUAAAACAAAUAAUUAACUUUACUAAAACAACAUCAAUACAGGUCUUCCACAUUAAAAAUUACAAAAAUAUUAUAUAUUAGAUUC